AUGGAGAGUUAUGUUGCUCAGCGAUGGGGCAUUGGUUUCCCCGAUGGCUGUCAAAUUACUAAAAUAACAAUCACCAUUUCACUCCUGGCCCUUCUGUAUAUGACAGCUUUUAUGAUCUGGAAUGUAUUCUUUCAUCCUCUGGCUCACUUCCCGGGGCCGCUUUUGGCUCGUUCAAGUCUAUUGUGGAGGAUCUACCAUUCUCUGGGUGGUCAAUUUCACUUAGCCAUACAAGAACAGCAUAAACGGCUAGGCCCUAUUAUCAGAGUCUCACCCAACGAGCUCUCCUUCUCCUCUGUCGAGUCAUGGAAAGACAUCUAUGGCCAUGCAACGCAAGGAAGGCAGACAAUGGCCAAGAGUGAAUUUUAUGAUAUGUAUGGCUCCGGAUUCGAGUCUUCUUGCAUCGGUAGUGAGAGAGACCCGAGAAAGCAAAGUGGCAUGAAAAAGACCCUUUCAGGAGCAUUCUCAACCAAGGCGCUUUCGCAACAAGAGUGCAUCGUCCAGAAUUGUGUCGAUGGCUUUGUCCGUCGCCUUGGGCAAGAUGGAUGCUUCAAGCAAGGGUUGAAUAUGACGAAAUGGUUCGAAAUGAUUGCCUUUGACAUUUUAGGCGAGAUGGCAUUUGGAGAGACUUUUCAUUGCAUCGAGACAGGAAAAUCGCACUUCUGGUCAGACAUGAUCGUAGAACACCUGUUCUUUAUCACAGUUCUUGACAACCUGCGCCGCUUUCCGCUGUUGACGGCCAUAGGACGAAGGCUGUUACCAAAGCUUACAGUACAUGUUCGUGACAAGCAUUCCGGGUAUAGCAGAAAUAAGGUUGCCAGGAGGCUGGAUGCCGAGAAAGGGCGCCAUGACUUUCUGACCGUUGUCGCUGGGAAGGUCAAAAGGGGCGAGAUUUCUCAAGAAGAGAUGACAGCACAUGCAUCAACUUUAGUGAUCGCUGGUGGGGAGACUGUUGCUACAUUCCUUGCCGGCGUGACAUACUUUCUUGUCAAAACACCAGCCGUCUAUGAAAGACUUCGAGCCGAGAUAAGGGGUAGUUUUGCAUCUACCGCCGACAUCACGGCCAUAUUAGCAGCUCAGCUCCCAUAUCUUCAAGCUGUAAUCGCUGAAGGUUUGAGAAUAUACCCUCCAGGAUCGCAAGGCUUCCCCAGGAUCUGUCCAGGCGCUACAAUUGCCGGGUCAUGGGUUCCCAAAGGGACGGAAGUGUACACCAGUGUAUGGACAGUUACUCACGAUGAGAACAACUUUCACCUACCUUACGAGUUCAAGCCAGAGAGGUGGUUGGACAAGAGCUGCAACGACAAUCUUGAGGCCAGCCAGCCUUUUUCGCUGGGGCCACGUGGUUGCGUUGGAAAGAACUUCGCUAUUAUGGAGAUUGGCUUGAUCUUGUCGAAAUUACAUUAUGAUUAUGAUCUAGAGCUGGUCGACGAUCAGUUGGAUUGGUUGGGACAAAGUCGAAUGCAUGUCAUGUGGUGGAAGCCGUCACUAAAUGUCAGGUUUAGAAAGGUCAAUGGGAGUGAUUAA